AUGACGAUCCUUAUCGUUGGAGCGGGUAUUUCGGGCCUCAUCCUCGCCCAACAUCUUCAGAGCAAACAAAUUCCCUUUGAGAUUUUCGACCGCGACUCUGCCCUUGAUGCCCGCAAUGGUGGCUGGGGGUUGACCCUGCAUUGGUCGCUCCCUGCGCUGCGCUCUCUACUGCCCGACGAACUGUGGAGUAAAAUGCUUGAAACGAUUGAAUCGACAACGGAUGGCGUGACUGCGCAAUUCGACAAUGGCACCGAAUACAAUGGCCAGCUUUUGAUCGCUUGCGAUGGCGCUCGGUCGCGUACGCGACAAAUUCUUUAUCCUGAUGCUGCAAUGAAUCCUCUACCGGUCCAGCUACUCGGUGCAUCCACACUGUACUCUGCGGAGGAGAUGAACAGCGUGCAAAAGAUCAACCAUUACAUUUUCCAGGGCUCUCAUCCUGAUACAGACGUCUUUCUUUUCUUCAGCUUCCUGGAUACACCGAGUAACUUCGAUGACAGCGGUCGGGAUCGAUAUCAUGUCCAGAUUAUCGUGUCUUGGGCUGACACCAAGGGGAUAAAUAUUCCGUCUCGAAACUCCGAUCGUAUCGCACUGAUGAAGAAGUUGUCGGAUAAUUGGUCCGAGCCGUUUAAAUCACUCGUGCAGAAACUGCCUGUCGAUACAGAGGCGCGAUCCAUUCGCAUUGAGGAUUGGAUGUUCCAACUCGGUCGGGAAACAUGCGCACCCUCCGUGUCGCACUGGUGGGGGGACUCCGCGCACACUAUGACGAUGUUCAGGGAUGAAGGAGCCAAUAAUGCCAUUGUUGAUGUUCUGGACUUGGUGAAAAGGGUAGACCUUGAGAAACCGAAAUAUGACAAUCAAGAGAGAGAACUCCCGUAUUUUCUGCUCAUGGUGCUGACGAUUCUAGAUCCUUGA